AUGGACCACUACACCCGACCGGAGGGCCACUGCAUAGUGGUUUCGGAUGGGCCCAUUGCCAUGGCGAACCGAGGCGGGUCUCGCGACUACUACACGGAGGUAAAGAUCGAGAGUGAUGUGGACACCUGGUCUUCCGGCCUGGACAUGGGCAUCACGCGCCUGUGCCCAGAGGAGAUCGGGAAGCUGAACGAGCAAGGCUUAUGCUGGGCCGACUUCCCCGACACUUGGGUGUUACGCGGUGAUGGAAUGCUCCGCAUCAACGGUCGCUCUUACCCACCAGGAGUGUUGCCCAGCCGUGCGACAGCUCUUGCUGGGUGGAAUACAGCCACGCUUGAAAUGGGCGACACCUGUGGGCUCCAUGUGACCGGUGGAGGUUCAGAGCUCGUGGGCUACAGGAAUGGUGAAGUUAUCGGCCGUCUCGUGUUAGAGGAUGGAAUCAAGGUGCCCUUGGAUGCUGAGCUCUACCUUGUCGCCGACAUUAUCGGCAGAGCCGGGGAGGUAGAGAUCCUUGAGUGCAGCGUGCCGGGCUCUUCUGCACCGGCCGUGGCGUCCACGCCGCCCUUUGGGGCCGCAACAGUGUCACCGGAUGUGCCAACUCCUGCAGGCGUCUAUGCAACGAUUUGGGCGAUAAUGCAGCGACGACCGCCGAUGUACCGUGAUCCGCCUGAGCUGCCAUAG